AUGGCGGAUGAAAAUUUAACAUUUGAAACUUCGACUUCGUACAUAGAUAAACAGUUUUGGGAUUACUUUGACGGAUCUUCAUCACUAAAUGUGUCCAUUAAGGAUGUGAUACCUCGCGAUCAGGGGAUAGUUAUAACGACAUAUGCAGCUCUGAUGACAAUGGGCGGGCUAGGAAACCUGGCUGUGCUUAUAACGUUGGCCAAAUCUAGACGUAGGAAGUCUAGAGUGGAUCUUUUAAUGACUCAUUUGGCUGUCGCGGAUGUGUGUGUGACAUGCGGUGUUAUUCCUUUGGAGAUUGGAUGGAAAUACACGAAUGCCUGGUUAGCUGGUAACCUGAUGUGCAAAGUGCUCUUGGUGAUGCGAGCUUUUGGCCUGUAUUUGUCGUCAAACGUGCUCGUCUGCAUUUCUUUAGAUCGAUACUUCGCUGUGGUGUACCCCCUUAGGCUAUCUGUUGCCCGCAGAAGAAGCAAGCAGAUGCUGUACUGCGCAUGGGCAAUUGCGCUGGCCUGUAGUCUACCACAGAGCCUCGUAUUUCGUGUCAAACGCCAUCCCCACGUGGCCGGAUUUGAGCAAUGCGUGUCCUUUGACGCGUUUGCGAGCGAUGGGCUAGAGAUCGCGUACAAUGUGUUCUGCGCAUGCGCCAUGUACUUCGUGCCUCUUCUUGUAAUUACCGCGUGCUACGUGCGCAUCUUCUGCGAGAUCCAAGCCAGCAGCAGGGAGUUAUCAGAGAAAUACGAGCAUUCAAACGGAAUCGGGCAUGUGCGCCUGCGCAGAUCCGACUGUCGCGUUUUGGAACGAGCAAGGCAGCGAACUCUGCGAAUGACAGUUAUCAUUGUGUUCGUGUUUGCGCUCUGCUGGUUACCCUAUGCUACUAUGGCUAUGUGGUACAUGGUAGAUAGAGAAUCGGCAUCACGAGUGCCACCCCGAGUCCAGGACCUUCUCUUCGCGAUGGCUGUCUCCAACUCUUGCAUGAACCCUCUCGUGUACGGUACGUACACUUUGCGAGUGAACGGGUCUUUGCAGAGGUUGCUGAAGAAUAUAUGUUGUAUGUCCGGAAGCGGUUCUGACACCUUAGGUACAUCUAGUUCUUCUAAGAAUAAGAAAGUGGAUCCGCAUCCUAUGACUUCUAUUAAGAAUGGAGCGGUGAAACCAAAGCUAGGAGUUAGAUUUGCGGACACAUCUCUAAGCGCUCUAGGAGAGCGCGCUGAAGUGUCACCACGGUGUCGAGCUCCCGCCUGA